CGCGCCUACCCUCGUUUCAGCCGUAGAGUGAGAGGAGCCUUCCCUGUCCUGUCAGGCGAGCUACGGUUCUUCAAGAGACCGUCAUAAUUUACCUAUCAGUGGAAGGGGGCUUGUCCGUAGAUCGACCUUAGUUUCUUCCACUUAUGCGGCGCCCCGAUUGCUAAGAUGCCUCAAAAGACGAUUCAGCAAUUAGAUGAAGACAAUAAGGCAACGGCCGUCGUGUACGACCAUUCCAAUGCCAAACUUGUAACCAGAAGAAACAAAGUCCGGAGAAGUAGAAAGGAAGCUUUCCUGACAGCGAUUCCGUACAGGAGGUCAUCUUCUCACCAUCGUCAAGGUGGCAAUGAUCAACCGCCAUCAUCGUUAACUGCUAGAAAGUCGAAGAGAAAACUUGUAACAGAAAGUGUCGUUAUCAGCGCAAAACAGAAGCUGCUGGUCUGUGUCCGGACUCACCCCCUACAUGUAGCAAAGGAAAUUUGUUUUGAACUGGAUCCAGAGACACCCGUUUCAUCCUUAAAAGAGUUAAUACACAAGAAGUUUGGAGUCCAGCCCAAACACCAGCGUCUGCACAUCCGAGAAAAUUUUCAGCUUUGUGAUUUGCUCACACUUCAAGAAAAUGGUGUUGACAAAGACAAAAUCAUCUCACUCCGUGUCUCAACAGAUGACCCGGGCCAAGAUAGCCCAAAAGACAAAUCAUCAUUCUGUGAAGAGUACCUUCAGAACCUGUCCUUGAAAGUUCAAUCAUCAUGGAAGGAACUGGCGAAACACCUGGGAUACGAGGAUACACAAAUCGCAGAGAUCCAAUCUACCACUGAAGGUACAUCUGAAGCAAGUCACAAGGUACUGCUUACCUGGUGGGAGAAGAUGACAAAUCAAGACGAAGCAUCUCAGAAGCUGAGACGAGCACUGGAGACAGCAGGGCUUACUGACUCGGCUCAAAACAUACCUGUUUGCCAAUCCGGGGACGAAGUACAAAGGGCCAAGCCAGAGGAACGUGACGAAAUAAGUGCAAAGAAGGAGAGGCAAGAGAAUGGCUCGUCAACAACUGAGGAACAGAAACUGAAAAGGGAACAUUCUAGUGACACAGAUAGACUUCACAACUUUUGUAUCAGAUAUGGGAAACAGCAGUUGCAGAUAUUUGUCAGGAAUCCUCUCCUUCGUGGGCCCAAGACACUUUGCUUCCAGUUAGAUCCUGAAACAACCAUUUCAUCUUUGAAAUUAUCGAUAGGAAAGAAGAUUGGUGUCCAACCUCACCUCCAGCGUCUCAUUAUCAGACGAAAUUGGCGUACUUUUCAGCUAUGUGACUUGCUGACACUUAACGACUGUGGUGUGCAACAAGACGAGAAUAUUUUACUCCGUCUGUCAACUGAUGGCCUUCUGGGUGGAGGAAAAAAAGGCCCCGUCCACACUGAAGAGAAAAAUUCUGAAUCCAGUAAUACCCACUCUGAGCAAGAUCCGGAGAGACCUGUCGAUACACCUGCCAUGCCUCAACAGGAUGCUCAGGCACCCUCCACAUCAUCUGCAUCAGCCGAGCAGGUGGGAAGUGGAUACCUGUUGAGAUUAGCGCGGAAACUUCGCGAAGAAUGGAAGUACCUUGCCAUCAAUUUGGGAUUCUCACCUGAUGAUAUUGAGACAUUCGUACGUAACGACGGGGAAGACUCACCUCAGCAGAAGUUUAAGAUGUUAGAAGCCUGGUGGGAAAAGCAAGACAACCCCGAAAAAGCUGUCCAAAACUUAAGAGGGGCUUUACAAGAAGCGGGCCGAGCUGACUUGGCAUCAAAGAUACCCGGCAUGCAUGCAACGAAACAUCAGCUUGGAAAGGAACCAGACAAACAUCCUGGGUCAAGUGACUUGUGUCAGGACAUCGGCAGUAAGCUCAGGAAUAUUUUAAAGAAACUGUAUAUGUCAACAGGUAGUUAUGUACAGUUGAUUUCAAAGGUUGAUGAUCAGAUGCAUACUGUUGGAUACGCCACAGUGCAAUUAAGGACGCGGGAAAAGGUACCAGAUCCAUUAGGCAAAUGCCAGGAAAGGGUACAAAUUAUAAAUUCCACCGACUAUGCUAAAAUAUUCAGACAGAAUACAGAAACGGGGAAUCUUAUCAAACGGCUCAUUUUUGUUGGCCAUGAUGGAAUAGGGAAGUCGACUAUUUUUGACAAGAUUGCAUACGACUGGGCUGAAGGGAUGAGCGAAGAGCUACAGAAAUUUAAACUUGUCAUAUCAUUGAAAAUGUGUGCCGUAGACCAAACUUCAGAUCUCGAUGAUGUGGUUGUUGAUCAACUCCUUGACAAAGAUUCCGGAAUAUCCAAAGAAAAUAUUGAUCAAUUCAUUCUAGAAAACUCAAACGAGGUCUUGAUACUUUUGGAUGGGUUUGAUGAAAUGAGCUCCAGAUCACUCGAUCCAGUCAAAUUCGGUUCCAUCCUAAAAGCUUUGAACAGAACAAAAUACCGAGAUUGUUUCAUCUGUGUUUCAACCCGCCCUUCGUACCUUGAUAUACUGAAAUCAGAAUCCCUUGUUCAGUAUCAUGGCAAAGACUUUGAGGUCGUGGGGUUUGAACAAAAUGACGUCAAAGAGUAUGCUCGCAAAUAUCAUCAAAACACACCAGGUGAUGCCGAAGCAUUCAUCAAAACUAUCUACAAUUCCAGCACACUGCGCGAUCUGGCCAAGAUUCCAAUGCUCCUUCUUUUGAUGUGCUUAUUGUGGGAGGAGAAUAAACAACUUCCAGAAACAAUGUCACGCCUCUACACUGAGGCGGUGGAUAAUAUGUUCAGAAGAAAGGCAAAUGUGUCUGGGAAAGAUGUUAAAAAGGCAUUGAUUGCAAUUGGAAAGACUGCGUUGCAUGGACUUCAAGCUGCCGACCGGAAAUUCUCAUUUCGAGAUAACGAGUUUGAACAAAAUGCACUCGGUUUGGCAAUUAAGGCAGGCAUUGUAAACCGGCAGAGGGUUUAUAGAAAACAAAAAUACCACACCAGCAUCCAGUUUAUACACAGGACAAUGCAGGAGUACUGUGCUGCGAAAUACUUGCAGGACUUAAAUCGCCGAGUGUUCAAGAAAACCCGAUGUAAGAGUAUUUUGAAGGGUCUGUGUUCCACAAUGGACGGCGUAGUUUCAAGCGAGUACCUCUUCCGCUUUUGUUGUGGUGACAAUGAGGGCUGUAUGGUUACCAUUGUAAAACUGCUUGAACGUUCUACAAAUGCUUACCAUAAUCAACCCAACUUUCAGUCAAAUGUUGUACAAGCGAUCAGCCGAGGUUGCUUUUUUGAGAGCCAGUCAAGCAAGGCUCCAGAGUGGCUCACAAGCGACUUCACCAUACCACCAUGCAUCGAUGUAAGAAACAGUGUUGAUUCCUGCAGUUUUAAGUACCUGUUUGAAGUCAUUUGUACGUCAAACAACAAUACGGAGCAAUUAUCAAAUCUCAAGUCUGUUUUUGUUUCUGAUGUAUCUUCAGUCCGCGGUUUAAUUACCGCCUUAGGUUACAUGAAAAACCUCACGGAUCUGCAGCUAACUGAAUGCUAUUUGGAGAAUGGCGUUCUCAAAAACAUGAUGAUGGCACUAAAAGAUAACAAAACCCUGACCAAACUAUGUAUAAAUGGAAAUGAUACAUCAGGGGGCGUGGCAGAAGAGUGGGCCCCUCAUAUCAAACGCUUAACAGGACUGAAAAUACUUGAAAUAGUGAGCUGUGGUCUCACAAACUUGGACAUGAAACACAUUGCAUCAUCUGUAAGUGGCAUGCCCAGCCUUCAAACUCUAAUUCUUGCGGGCAACACAGCAUUGGGCGGAUCAGCCGACUCUUGGUCGAGCUACCUGCCGCAAAUGACACGCGUGAAGACGCUGAAUCUGAGCAAUUGCUCAUUGCAAAGUACAGACAUUGAACACAUCGCCGUGUGUAUAAGUGAUAUGUUUGAAAUGAAUAACUUGAUCCUUUCUGACAACAGGACAUUGAGUAGAUCAGUCAAGUCAUGGUCAAACUACUUACAGCGAAUGACACACGUGAAAACGCUAAACCUGAGCAAUUGUUCAUUGGAGUGGACAGACGUUGAACACAUUAUCUUGUCUGCACGUGAAAUGCCCAGACUGAGUUCUGUAUUCCUUGAGGGCAACCUGGCAUUGCGUGACGGUCCAGGCCAUUUGUGGGGGCGCUAUUUUCCAGAAAUGACAUUAGUACAGGCAAUGAACCUGGAAGACUGUUCAAUGGGGUGGAUAGAUCUUGAACUUGUUGCUUCGCCAGCACACAAGCUGCCUCACUUGAUUCUUCUGCAAGACGGCCAUGAUCACGAGUCGUAUAUGGUCACUUUUCUUGUCAAGGGUGGAGAACAAUCACAUACUAUGGGCAAAAUGGUGUUCGUUAAGAUGUACCGAUGUAUUUAACAUUGCCUUUUCUGUACCAAACCUGACUGAUUUGAUCCUCACUAGCAAAUUCCAGGUUGACUAUUGUUCGCGCUACUCGCUGCGAAUGACGCAAGUAAAAAGGCUGAAUCAAAGCAAUUUCACUGCAGUGGACAGAUGGUGAACAGAUCACUUCAUCGGAGGGGGACAAGCCUGGAGUGGCUGACUUAAUAUCCUUGUUGAAAAUAUAUUGCAGCUCUUUGCGAAUCGCUCUUGGUUUCGAUUAGCAAGUAGCGUUUAGCGAAUGGUGCACCCCAAGAAAAUAUGAAUUUGAAUAAUUGCUCAUUAAUUGUUGAAGAAAUGAUCUUGUGCAUAGCUGACAUUCCAAGACUAGCUGACAAGAUCCACUUGGCAUUUAGCAUUGAGCUAAAUGGAACAAAUCACAGUGUUGCUUUCUUGCGGCAUGCAUAUCAUGCUUAUAGCAUGUUGUCUCACUCUCUUUAAAAGUUAUACAUGUAGUAAAUAAGAUGAAACACGUCUCUGUCUUAAAUGAAAACUGAUUUGCAAAAUUAUUACAGAGGUUAAGGACCAGCUUAUAGUGUGUGCAUAACAAAAUUGUGAUAUGACAAACACAAUAUUGGCAUGUUACUACCUACACAUUUGAAAGUUGGCAUUGUAUAAUAAUAAGUGUUCCUAUGGCUACUGGCUUCGCAGUUGGUCAAAUGUUUCCAUUUAUUGAAACAUGCACCUAAUUACUAUACAGCAUCUGUAAUGUUUUUACAUACAAGCUAGGUCCUGUGUUUACGUGAAGAUUUUUUAAAAGAGAAUCCUAGGGACAAUGUAAGAUUAAUCUGGUAUUAACUAGGAAAAGUAAAAAGGAAUAGACAAAAUGUGCUAAAGAAACUUGCUAUACAUACUUGAAUGAAAGAUAUUCGUACUUUUCAUUUUCUUGGAAAUAUUUCUCUAAUUAAAAAAAUUAUAUUAAGACUUUUGGGAAAUUUAGUUUUUUCCUUUACAAUUGAUCAUCUAGGGUAAAAAACUUGUCUACAGUCUUAAGAACUUUAAGUUUGGUCUAAAGUGGACUUGCACUUUAUUUUGUAGCUUGAUUUUAUGAGGAUCGACCAGGUGUUUCAUAGAUAGACCUAUAAACUAAACGUGUUGAAGUUUGAACUUCAGCACAUUAUUUCAGUGGCUGUUAUACUCCACCGUUUCACCUCUCUAACCAUGAGGUCCAGUGUCUUCAACUCUAUGCAUAGCUUCAGUCCGGAGGUUUGAUUUGAUCUGUCGAAGAAGUUCGAAAAUUUUAAUGAAGUCUCUUAACUUUAGUGACAGGACAGGGCACUCUUAUACCGUAAUUCGACAGCCAGAAUUAGACGCCAUUACUGUGAUGGCACAACGCUCGGGGACAGGUGGUACGCGCGCGUAACAUGCCUCUUCGACCAAUCCGAUUUGUAGGUGAAGUUCGUCACAAACGCGGACGCACCAUGAUAUGCAGGGCCGUUUUCCAAUACUCAACUUCGUCUUCGUCUCAGGCUUCGUGUUGGAAACCAAUCCCCGAUUGUACGUGGUAUUCAGUUACCGAAAGCUCGGCAAUCAUAUAUUUCAGAGCACUGAUUUAAUCUUAUAUUCUGUCGAUAUUCUGACCACGGUGCUUCGCAGCUCUUCCAUAUUUCUCCGAUUGUAUGUGGUCCUGAAACAUUUGACUAAAAUUGAAGUACUGCAAUGUUUGGCUCUUUUGCAUUUUACUUGGUGUUUUGUGGCUCUAUCAAACCGUGUUGCGCUUGCAACCUCAAAGUCAGGAAGUAAAAAAAAAAAAAAAAAAAAACCCUGAGAUGGAGCCUAAGUGGAGUAUUGGAAAACA